CUCUGCCGUUUCCCCCUUCAGAGGUGGAGUCUGAAAGACAGAGAAGUUAGUAGGAGGGGAAAGAGGAGUGUAGAACAUUUCUCUUGGUUUGGGGGUUACAGUGAGCAGCUGGUGAGAUCCCAAGACAUCAAAACAGGGACAUCCAGAACUCCCAGAGCUACCUUCCUUGGAAGAGGAUUUACGAGGAAAUGCUGAGCAGUCUGGGGCUUCUUCAUUACUUGGGCUGUCCACAGCCAGAGGGACUCUUGGGCUGCUGACGUCACAUCCCUGAGCACUCAGCAUCACCUGAGACUCUAGUUUUCAACUUUACCUGGGACCUGGGUGCCAUCUCUCAGCUCUUCCAUGUACCAGAAUGCUGCCUGUUUCCAAGUGGCUUUCUCAUUAUCUGGGCUUGAAAGACCUGGAGUCUGGAGUUUCUUCUAUCCUGCUCUUGGCCUUCCUGGCUCUUUGCACCUGGAUCCUGAUCCAGGGCCUGACCUGUGUCCAGCAAUACUAUACCAACUGCCAGAGGCUUCGAUGCUUCCCUCAGCCCCCUCUUAGGAACUGGUUCUUUGGCCACCUGGGAUUGGCCCCCCCUACUGAAGAGGGUCUGCGCAAGAUUCAGAAGCUGAGCCAGCUGUACAGGGAUGUCCACAUCUGGUGGUCGGGGCCAUUCAUUCCCGUGGUCAGACUCUUCCAUCCCCAAGUCUUCUCCCCCUUGCUUAAGGCCUCAGCCAUGAUUGCACCCAAGGACAAAGUCUUUUAUGGCUUCCUGGAACACUGGCUAGGGGAUGGGCUUCUGCUGAGUAAAGGAGAAAAAUGGAGCCGGCACCGGCGCAUGCUGACCCCAGCAUUUCACUUUGACAUCCUCAAGCCCUAUGUACAGAUCUUCAACCACAGUGCAGACAUCAUGCAUGCAAAGUGGAGGCGUCUGUGUGCUGAGGGCAACAAUCAACUGGACAUGUUUGAACACAUAAGCCUCAUGACACUGGAUAGCCUGCAGAAAUGCAUCUUCAGCCACAACAGCAACUGCCAGGAGAAGCCAAGUGCCUACAUCUCAGCUAUCCUGGAGUUGAGUUCCCUUGUGGUAAAGCGUUACCAUCAGCCACUUCUAUACUGGGAUGCCGUGUACUAUCUCACCAGCCAAGGAAGACAUUUCUCCCGUACCUGCCGUCUGGUGCAUGAUUUCUCAAAUGCUGUCAUCCAGGACCGACGCCGUAUCCUCAGCCAGGAGGGUCCUGAGGCCUUCCUCAAGAACAAGGGCAAAAACAAGACCAUCGAUUUCAUAGAUGUCCUCCUGAUGGCCAAAGAUGAAGAUGGAAAGACUCUGUCAGACAAGGACAUCCGGGCAGAAGCUGACACUUUCAUGUUUGAAGGCCAUGAUACAACCGCGAGUGGCCUCUCUUGGAUCCUCUACAACCUGGCGCAGCAUCAGGAACACCAGGACCGCUGCCGCCAGGAGAUACAGGAACUCCUGAGGGGGCGUCAGCCAGAGGAGAUUGAGUGGGAUGAUCUGUCCCAGAUGCCCUUCCUUACCAUGUGCAUCAAAGAGAGCCUCCGGCUGCACCCACCAGUUACCGUGGUCUCCCGCUGCUGCACCAAGGACAUCCAGUUGCCCGACGGGCGGAUCAUUCCUAAAGGAAACAUCUGCCUGGUCAGCAUUGUUGGAACUCACUAUAACCCUGCUGUGUGGCCCAAUCCUGAGGUUUAUGACCCAUAUCGCUUUGACAUCAACAACUCCAAAAAGAUUUCACCCCUGGCCUUUAUACCCUUCUCAGCUGGACCCAGGAACUGCAUUGGCCAGAACUUCGCCAUGUCUGAGAUGAAGGUCGCGCUGGCCCUUACCCUACUGAGGUUCCGAGUCUUCCCUGAUAAACGUCCAGUCCGAAGGAAGCCAGAGCUGAUUCUCAGAGCAGAAAAUGGUCUGUGGCUCAAGGUGGAGCCACUGUUGGGUCCUUCCAGCCCUGAGACAAAGCCGUCAGAAGCCCCUUAGGAAUGAUGGCUGGACAUAUCCUUCUGCCUUUGAGCAUGGAAGCCUGCUCUCUACCUGCCUUUCCAGCCACCCUUCCCUUGAUUAUGAUUCGUCUAAAUAAAAUGACUUCAACAUGCCACA